AUGGCCAUCAAAAUUUACUUUGGUUUUUAUUCCCUGAAACAAGACCUAAAGCUACGUUCAAUAAAGGGCUUAGUCACGGUGCUGGGGACGCCUGCGGAGGAGCAAGGAGGAGGGAAGAUAGAGCUGAUCAAGGCGGGAGCGUUCGACGGGCUGGACGUGGUUUUCAUGGCGCACCCGUCGCAAGAAGACGCGGCUUUCCUGCCCGAUGUGGCCGAGCACGAUGUGACUGUGAAAUACUAUGGAAAAGCUUCUCAUGCUGCUGCUUAUCCUUGGGAAGGAGUUAAUGCUUUAGAUGCUGCUGUUCUUGCAUACAACAAUCUGUCUGUUUUAAGACAGCAAAUGAAACCGACCUGGAGAGUUCAUGGUGUAAUAAAAAAUGGUGGCGUGAAACCUAACAUCAUUCCUUCUUACACUGAACUAGAGUUUUACUUGCGUGCCCCUUCAAUGACAGAUCUUGCUCUUCUGACAGAGAAGGUUGAGAACUGCUUCAGAUCAGCAGCACUGGCCACAGGAUGCAAAGUGGAAAUAAAAGGUGGUGAAAAUGAUUAUUACAACGUGCUUCCAAAUAAGAGCCUGCAGAAGGCUUACAAGGAGAAUGGAAAGAAGCUUGGAAUAGAGUUUAUAUCAGAAGACUCUAUCUUGAAUGGUUUGUCAGGUUCCACGGACUUUGGAAAUGUAACAUUUGUAGUCCCUGGGCUUCAUCCUUAUUUUUAUAUUGGCUCUGAUGCAUUGAAUCAUACUGAGGAAUACACAGAAGCUGCAGGGUCACAGGCUGCUCAGUUCUAUGCUUUGCGCACAGCAAAAGCUUUGGCAAUGACAGCCCUGGAUGUCAUUUUCAAGCCAAGUCUGCUGGAAGAAGUCAGGGAAGACUUCAGACAGGUGAAGCUAAAAGAAGAGGGGCAAAUAAAUCCAGUAGAAUCUAACAAAGAGUCCAGUGUUGGCACAGGAGCAUGUGCAUCAGGCUAA